AUGAGACUAAAGAAUAUCUUAAAAUUUGAAUUUGACAUGAAAAACUUAGGAAAUGCCAAGAAAAUUCUAGGGAUGGUCACAAAUAGGAACAAACAUGAAGAUAUGUUAACAAUAACACAAGAAUCUUACCUGCACAAAGUAAUAACAAAAUUUGGAAUGAAAGAAAUUAAGUCUGUUAAUGUGCCACUUGCUACUCAGAUGAACCUCUCCUCGGCUCAAUGUCCUAAAACUAAAUCUGAAAUCAAAGAUAUGACAAAUAUUCCAUAUGCCAAUGCCAUAGGACCUGUUAUGUUCAUAGCUAAUCCUGGGAAACAAGAUUGGGCUAAAGUGGCUAUUGAGAUAUAUUGUAGGAACACUAAGGGUGAUAAUUGUAUCACUUGCAAGUGUCAACUUCAAUCCAUUGUCACUUUAUCUAGCGCUGAAGCUUUAUAUGUGGCGAUCACUGAAUGUGUAAAAGAAUGCAUAUGGCUGAAAGGAAUUUUAAGUGAACUGAAUUUUAUGAAUACACCAACAAUUAUACUAACUGAUGGCUGA